AUGGCCUAUCUAUCGACCGCUUCAUAUACCACGAGCACCAGGGAUCCCGCCCUCAAUCAUGAAGCUCGUACCCUUCUUAACCAACCAAUUCCCACUAUCAUCCCACGACCACCAUCAACGCGGGACCCCUUCUAUGGGCAUGAGCCCAUAUCUCGUCUCUGCGGGCGCUAUAUCACGCACCUGUUCGAAUGCCCAAAAUAUCCGCCAUCGCCGACGACGUCGCGAGUGACACUCCCCCUCUUCAUUGCUUACGCCCUGCACCGAACGAAGCUGGACCCCUCUGUUACAUAUGCGGCCCUCGUCCUGAUAACCCGUCUCAAAUGUCGGUAUUCAUCAUCGCGAGGGAUCUCAGGCCAUCGUUUAUUCCUCGUCGCGUUCAUGCUGGCGGCCAAACAAAUGUGCGAUGACACCUACUCGAAUAAAUCUUGGACUAUAGUGGGUCAAGGCGUCUUCAGCCUGAGCGAGUUGAACCGAAUGGAGAGGGAGAUGUGCGGGAUUGUGAAGUGGCAAUUGAACGUCUGUGAUUCGGUUUUGCGGAAUUUUGAGGUUGCCUUGAAGCGCGAUUUCUUUGAGGGGAAGGCGGGGUAUCCAACAUAUUCGAGCUCUUUGGUGUCGAGGCUUUCCAUUGAACCAGCGAGGGGCAUGUCUUUGCCUGGCCGAUUUUCGAGCUUUCAGAAGGCAUCAGAUGGUAUGCGAAGCCUGGAGGCUUCCAGGGACGCGCCCACGUUGGAGGUUGGGUAUAUGAACGAUCAUGGAUCCGAAUCUUCAAGUGGUUCGCUUUCGUCCUCUCCUGCCUCGUCGGCUUCUCCGGCCACUCCUGUUGGUGACUUGAAUUAUGACGCUAGGAUUGAGGGUGUUGAUUCUUCGCCAUUAUUCGCAUUGGCGGAUAAUUCGUAUGCUUCCGCGAGUCAACCCUUGAAGAAUCAUACUUAUUCAUUUGUGAUUCCGGGCGUAUGGUGA